AAGCUACGUUGAAAGCACUGGUUGAAAUUAAAGCGUUGAAUUUGAAAGUCGAAGAUGUCUAAACCAGCAUCAGCAUCGAAACCUGCUCAUCCUCCUUACUCCGUGAUGGUUGUUGCAGCUGUUGCAGGACUAAAAGAGCGAAACGGAUCGAGUCGACAAGCAAUCGUCAAAUACGUCCAAAGUAAUUACGUAGGAAUUGGUGGCAACUGCAGUAAGAUGGUGAACAAAAGCAUUAAAAAUCUUAAAGAAGCAGGCAAUGUGAGAGAUGGCAAAGGUGGACCUUUCAAAUUCGCACUCACUGAAGCGGCGAAAGCCAAACCAGCAACCAAGAAAGCAGUUGCCAAGAAAACCACGAAACCCAAAAAGCCUGCCGCCGCGAAGAAGCCCGCCACGAAGAAACCCGCAGGGAAGAAGCCCGCAGGGAAAAAAGCUUCGGACAAGAAGAAGCCUGCGAAGAAGACUGGUACACCAAAGAAGGGGGCCAAAACGACAACAAAGAAAAGCAAAGCAAAGUCUCCCGCCAAGAGAGCAGGCAAGAAACCGACGCCGAAGAAGGCUGGAAAGAAACCAGCUGCAAAGAAAGCUCAAAAGAAAUAAAUCCGUCUUCUAAAGACCAAAAAAACCGGCUCUUUUCAGAGCCACCACAUGCAUAAAAGAAUUUAAACGAUAAAUCGAUGAAAAUAUGCAAUUGCCGGA